CCGGGCUCCUGCCCCGGGACUGUGCGCAAAGUCCGAGGAGAAGCUUUUCGCCUUCACCCGGGGGCGGCGGGCGGCGCGUGCGCAGGCGGCAUGGACGGCACUUGGCGCGGGGGCUGGACCUGAGCUCAGGAUGAAGGAGUGGUGGAUCCAAGUGGGUCUCCUGGGCAUUCCUCUUCUUGCUGUCUACCUGCAUAUCCCUCCCCCCCAGCUCUCCCCAGAACUUCACUCCUGGAGGACUUCAGGCAAGUUCUUCACAUACAGGGGCCUGAGAAUCUUCUACCAAGACUCAUGGGGCGCAGUUGGGAGCUCAGAAAUAGUGGUGCUUCUACACGGCUUUCCAACCUCCAGCUACGACUGGUACAAGAUCUGGGAAGGCCUGACCCAGCGGUUUCACCGUGUGAUAGCCCUUGACUUCCUAGGUUUUGGCUUCAGUGAUAAACCAAGGCCCCAUCCUUACUCUAUCUUUGAGCAGGCCAGCAUUGUGGAGGGGCUACUGGGACACCUGGGGCUUCAGAACCAGAGAAUUAACCUCCUUUCUCAUGACUAUGGGGACACUGUGGCUCAGGAGCUGCUUUACAGGUACAAGCAUAAUCGGACUGAUCGGGUUCUCAUCAACAGCCUUUGUCUGUCAAAUGGAGGUAUCUUUCCUGAGACUCACCAUCCCACCUUACUCCAGAAGCUACUCAAAGAUGGAGGCCUGAUGUCUCCCAUCCUCACUCGGCUCAUGAAUUUCUUCCUCUUUGCUCGGGGCCUUGCAGUGGUCUUUGGACCAUACACACGACCUUCAGAAGCUGAGAUGUGGGAUAUGUGGGCUGGGAUUCGAACCAAUGAUGGCAACCUGGUCAUUGACAGUCUCUUGCAGUAUAUCAACCAGAGGAAGAAGCAUCGAGACCGCUGGGUGGGGGCUCUCGCCUCAAGGGCUGUUCCCCUUCAUUUCAUCUAUGGGCCAUUGGAUCCAGUGAAUCCUCAUCCAGAAUUUAUGAAUCUAUACAGAUCAAGUUGCAAAGUUUGGAACAAGAAUUCUUUUACCUGUUACUCCUGAUACAACCCAGGAAGGAAAAUGUUACCCCAGUCCACAGUGUCGAUUCUGGAUGACCACAUUAGCCACUAUCCACAGCUAGAGGAUCCUAUGGGUUUUCUGAAUGCAUAUUUGAACUUCAUCAACUCUUUCUGAGGGAAGAAGAGUUGUUUUCCUGGCUCUAUUUCCUUUUCAGUCAGUUUCAAAUUAGGAACGGAUGCCUCAAAGAGGUCUUAGGAUCAUGACUAACCCCCAAGUAACACCAUAAUCUUCAACGGGUUUUGUCCUAAGUGUCCCACCUUCUUCCUGAAGUAUUUUUCAGGCUGGAAGUUGAUCAAAUGUAUGGACUUGUCCAUCUCUUCAUGUAUUAGAAGUUCUAGUUGACCAUCCCAGAUCUUUCAAGCAGGAAGCCAGCAACAUUCUUUUUUCACAAAAGGUUGAAAAGUUACAGAUUCUUGCAAUUUGGAGAUGGCAGUUUCUAGUUUAAUUGCAACCAUAUAAUCAUGCAAUAUGGAAAGCAGGAUGACUCGGGAAGCCUCCCAACUUCUCUUAAAAUGGCUUCAAAGACAUGGAGGCAUGUAAUAUAACCAACAUCUAGAAUCAUGGUAAGGCAGAUUCUCUGUUUUGGUCAUGACUUUGGAUUUCUUUCACCAUCACCUAAUAACAUCUUAAAGUAUAAUUUAUUGUUGAAAAAUGCAGUAUUAAGUGCAUUUUACUGUAAGUCUGAGUUAUGUUUCAUCUACAAAUGUAUUUUUUAUAGACAUUAAACCAGCAGGUAUGUACUGUGGCUGGGUAGUGAAUCUAAUGAACUAUUAAAUAUGAUUAAUUUUUUUACAAGUCGAAUUAAAUCCAAACUGUUUUCAUAGUUACUUAAAAUUCUGAGGCAUGAAGGAUCAAUAAUAAUGUCUGUCAAGAGAACGACUUCUGUAGGCGGGAUACUCUUGGCUACCAGCAGUCUGAUUAUACCUCAGUGUUUAGAAGGAUAUCCCAAAAGGUGGAAUGUGUGUCCUUAUCCUGCCAGGGGAGGGCAGGGGAUUGUCACACCAGCCAACUUGCUCUGCUGAAUUCCUUUUAUGAAGAUUGCACAGCUUUACACCGGCUGGCUCAAGUGACCUUCUCUUUUAGCUUAGUUCUUCCUGUGUUUAACAGAAAGGAUUUGUAAAUGAA